UACUUCCUUCGUAUUUCCAACGUGCUGCGUGCGUAGAGGUUCCGGUAAAAGUAGGGAGGCGACGUGGUCGUUAGCUGUACUCGUGCGCAAGCAAAACCUGACCGUCAGGCAGCUGGUGCACCCAACGCAUGGGAGCUCAGGCGGUCAUCGACCCACUAAGUGCGAAUAAAAGGAACAGAGCUCUGUUGCAAAGAUGCCGCCAAAACGAGAGCGAUAUAACUCCAAGGCUCGCCAAAGUGUUGCAGGGGGGUCGGCACACAGCCACAAGGGCAAGAAGGCUAAGAGAGCCAAGCUAGGUCACCCAGAUCAAGGGGACGGCGAUGCGGUAGCCAAUGGCCAGGCUGCCCCGGCAGACACGAAUGCACAAAUCAUCACAGACGAGCACAGACGAGCACAAAAAAUGAUGCAUGAUCUGGUAUCACAAAAUCAGGACGAAUCUUCUAAACCCAUGUCUUCAAAGAAGCGCAAACGUUUCGAAGCAUACGUUGCCAAGCAGCUCAAGAAGGAAGACCGAGUGCGGCUGCUCUCCUCCUUGGCUGAAACUUCUACCGAUGUUGCUGACAGGAGCAAGCUUGUCAGUGCGUCAACGCUUGGAUCUACACGCGGCGGCUUGACGAAUGAGGAACGGGCGGAGAAGCUUCAACGCAAAGGCGAAGGCAAAGCUCGGCGACGAAGGGCUGCAGCGUUUCAGGUCACCGAAGGCGAUGAGGAUGCAGAUCUCGAUGGACUCUCCUCCAGCUCAGAUGCUGAACUUGAUGCAGACAUUGAGAACGAGCAAACUCGCACCAAUAAGCGAGCCGUGCAAGCCGAGCUAGAAAGCGGCCCUGUCGGCGAGGUCAACGAAGACGCUGAAAGAAGGGCGCGUAUCGAAGCGGCUACUAGGGCAUUCGACUCUGCGCCAUCUGCAAAAUCCAACGGUGCCACCAUGUCGAAACUAGCCGCCCAUGUUGGAGCGGCGCUUGCAGUUGAUGCCGACGGAAAGCCAGUCUCUCUGGCUUCAAUGAGUAUGCGCAAAAGGAAGAAAAAAGCAAAGCGUUCCGAAAAGCCAGAGUUGCAAGAACGUAGCACUGCACGGUCAAGGCUCAGGGCGUCAGGGACCAGCUGGGGUAAAGUGGCUGCCAAAGAAGAUGAUGAUGAACAUCAGGAAGACAAUGAUUUUGAUUCGUCAGCUUCCUCUGGGGAUGAAUCUCAAGAGGAGCAGCGCGCGCCACCGAUCCCUACAGUACCACGGCUGCCCACAGACAAGGGAAAAGGCAAAGUCACCCAGAAAUCAGUGUCCUUCGAUCUGGCGCAGACCAGCAAGUCAUCCAAUGGCGACGGUCAGUCUGACGACCAAGGCGAUGGGAACCAUGCGUCUAGUGAGGAGGAAAUGGAGGAAGAAGUUGAUCGCGCAAUCCUAGAAGCUAUGCGUAUCCGCGGUCUCGAUCCAGCCCAACUCGGCUUUGGCGGCGCAUAUGACGGAAACUCUGACGUGGAAGACGCAAGCAGUGGCGCGAGCUCCAGUGAAGAUGAGCCUGGCGAGGGUGACGAGGCGAAUGGAGCGCUUACAGACGAUGAGCUAGAAGAGGAGCGCGACACAGCCAUUCUGGCUGAGCUCAAGAGGAGAGGCAUGGAUCCGCGAGCAUUCGGCUUUGACCUCGAUGAAAAUGAGGACGAUGAGAAGCAAAAGCCGGGGGACUCGCUGGCAUCGAUGUCGGCAUCUCCCGAAAGCUCGGCACAGGCGCAGAGUAUAUUCGCGGACAGGGGCAUAAGCGGUGAUUCUGCAGAGAGUCCGCCAUGGGAAGGCUUUCCGAGCGAAGUCGAGGGCCCAGACCAAGAGUAUGAUGUCGUCUCGUUUGAUGAAGUCAUGGAUGAUGAUGAUGAAAGGAGCGAGGCUGAGCCUGCAUCGGGGGAAAGCGAAGGCUCGGAAGACGAAGACGAAGACGAAGACGGUAGCAGCGAGGACGAAGGGGACGGAGAACCAUCAGAUCAUACUUCGCGUCGAAGAGGACUGCAAAAGACUUCUCGCAGUACUGGCUUCAAAGACUGGGCCAGGGGAGCCAUGGGUCUCAACGGGAACGCCUCUAAGGGCGACACACAGCACGGCGAGACUAGUGCAGCUGGUGAUGAUGGCUUCGAGCUGCAGCCUGUUGCUGGCCUCAAAGUGCGAGUGGGUGACAUCGGCCCACAGGAUGGCAUUGCGCGAGGGCCGCUCGGCCAGACCGAGCUCGCGCCAGAUCAGAUGUCGGCGUUCGCAUCGAAGCAUUAUGCCGAGCUGAAAGCACGAAAGGGAGAAACUGGUAGGCCUUUUGUAUUAAACGUUCCAGUGCAGCGGUCUGUGACUCUGCAAGAAGCCAGACUCAAGCUCCCGGUCGUCGCAGAAGAGGAGCACAUCGUUAAGACGAUCAUCGAGAACCCGAUUGUCGUCAUCUGCGGUGAGACAGGCAGCGGAAAGACGACCCAGGUGCCACAGUUUCUGUAUGAGCGAGGUUUCGGUACCCCUGGAAGUCAGAACCCUGGCAUGAUUGGCAUCACACAGCCGCGACGCGUAGCAGCGUUGAGUAUGACGCAGCGUGUGGCCUCAGAGCUAUCGCUCCCUCCCAACAAGGUAUCCCAUCAAAUCCGCUACGAUGUCACAGUCUCGCCCUCAACGUCAAUCAAGUUCAUGACCGAUGGCGUGCUGCUUCGCGAGCUUGCCACCGACUUUCUUCUCCGCAAGUACAGCCUUAUAAUUAUUGACGAGGCUCACGAGCGUAGCGUCAACACCGACAUCUUGAUCGGACUCCUCACGCGUAUUGUUCGUCUGCGAGAGAAGAGGUGGCUUGCGAAUAGUGGAGAGGGCAGCACGAAAGAGGCCGGCACCCGACCUCUUCGCCUUGUCAUCAUGUCCGCUACGCUUCGCGUCUCUGACUUUACGGACAACGCGAGCCUCUUCCCACCGCUGUCACCGAGGCCGCCGAUAGUAGAUAUCGGAGCACGUCAACACCCUGUCACCUUACAUUUCAAUCGCCGUACUGUGCACGACUACAUUGCCGAGUCUGUGACGAAGGUCAGCAAGAUCCACGCGCGGCUUCCACCUGGAGGUAUUCUUGUCUUCCUCACAGGGCAGCAGGAGAUCGUGACGGUGUGCAAGCGGCUUGAACAGCGAUACGGGCGCAAGGCCAUCGAGCAACGACGUGCUGCACGCAGCCGCGCAGAAGCCGCAAGACUUAAGGGAGACGAAGGACAGGAAGAUGGUGGCGAGAAUCAAGAGCAACAAUCGAAAUUUGCAGCUAUUGCAGGCUUUGACCCUGAAGCAGAGGAGGUCGAUCUUGGUGUCAACGCGAACGAAGACCUUGCAGCGGACGUGGACGAUGGCGCUGCUAUCCAAGAAGACGAGGAUGCGCUCGAUACGGAUGAGGAAGACGAGGAGGGGGCUCACGACGACGAUCUUCCCCCAGAACUUCGCGACGACUCCGACGUGCCACUUCACAUUCUUCCACUUUACUCUAUGCUGCCAUCGGAGAAGCAAAUGAGAGUAUUCGAAGAGCCGCCUGCCGACUCGCGCCUUGUCGUCGUGGCUACGAAUGUCGCCGAAACAUCGCUCACCAUCCCCAAUAUUCGCUAUGUCGUCGAUUGCGGGCGCGCUAAGGAGCGGUCUUUCGAUGCUGCGUCGGGUAUCCAAAACUUCAACGUGACGUGGAUCAGCAAGGCGUCUGCUUCGCAGAGGGCAGGUCGUGCCGGCCGCACAGGCCCUGGCCACUGUUACCGUCUCUAUUCUUCUGCAGUCUACGAAGAUCACUUCGAGCAAUUUUCGAAGCCGGAGAUCUUGCGGACACCGAUUGAUGGCUUGGUCCUGCAGAUGAAGGCCAUGAACAUCAUCCACGUCGCCAGUUUCCCCUUCCCAACCUGUCCUGAACGAGACGCACUGGUGGCGGCAGAGCGUACUCUGAUACAUCUCAAUGCGCUUGAACAAGCUGAUUCCAAGUCAGCAGAUGGCCGGAAGUUCCCAGCCGCCAGGAUCACGCAACUGGGCCGAGUCAUGACGCAGUUCCCACUCAGCCCCCGAUUCGCCAAAUUGCUCGUGCAAGGGCAGCAACAUGGGUGCCUGCCGUUCGUCGUCGCGCUCGUUGCAGCACUGAGCGUUGGAGACCCAUUUCUUCGCGAGGAAGCUCUACAAGACCAUCUUGAAGAUGAUUCUGAAGACGGUGCAGACUGCGCCGUGGGCGACGACAACAAGCAGCAUCUGAAGAGUGAAAGAGAGAAGCAACGACAAGAGGGAAAGUCUCAACGUCAAUUAUACUUUGCAGCAAUGUCUCGCUUCUCGGCUCUUGGCGCCAGCCUCAGUGACGUGUACCGUCUGCUCAGUGCGGUAGGGGCGUACGAGUAUGAUGGCGGUAGCACUGCCUUCUGUGAAAGGAACUUUUUGCGCCCAAAGGCAAUGGAAGAAAUCCACAAACUUCGCGCACAAUUGGCGAACCUAGUGGUCAUGAACCUCGUCGGACUGAGUGAAGGUGACCGGGCAUCGAUCAUGGACCCGAAGCUCAAGCUGCCAAAUGAGAUGCAGCUGAAGGUCCUGCGCCAGCUGAUCACAGCAGCGUUCGUCGACCAAGUCGCGGUGCGUGCCGACCUAAGCAGCCCGACCGAUGCGGCUGGCCAUGCCGUGCAUUCCUACGCCAAGAUGAAGAGCACACGCUAUGUGCCGUAUCGAGCGAUGGGCGUCGGCCGGGAGUUUGCGUACAUCCACCCAUCCUCGACACUUUUCCAUAAAGCGCCGCCGGAAUGGAUCGUAUUCACCGAGGUGCAGCGCAGCAAGUCAAGAGCGGUGACGAUCAAGAACGCAAGUGGAGACGGCGAGACGGUGUUGCAAGAAGGCAAAUUGAUGCUGCGUGGUAUCACCAAGAUUAACCCCGCCUGGCUGAGCACGCUAGGUCGCAACCUAUGCACAUUCGACAAGCCGGUCGAUGCUUGCGGCGGCAACGCAGCCGGCGCUGCUGAUCUUGCGACGCUCGCUCGCGCCAGGGCGGCUGCCAAGGCCGGCGGGAGUGCAGGCAAUACCGUGCAGAGCAUCACUAGGGACAUCAUGCUGGUGCCUAGAUAUGCGGCUGGAGUGGACAGUGGUGCAAGCGCCGGGCUCGGCUGGGAGCUUCCACCCGUCAAGGCGAAGCAGAAGCUGGAGAAUGGGCGAUGGGUCACACUAAUGUAGCUCAUGUUGUCGGUCAACGCCCAGCGUUCCGGGUUCCUCUUCCUCUCUCUCUCUCUGUGUAUAUAACACGAACUUCGCGUUGUUAGCUCGCUGGGC